UACUGAACAUUUCCUUUUGUCCGCACCUUUCUCCCUAGCCUUCGCCGUUCCUGCCCCGCAGGAGAGAACUGAUCUCUUGCCUGCACCCUACCUUGUUAAACAGUGGCUGUUGCUCCGCCGCUGCUGCGGGGCCCGUCGGCCGGAAAGCCUCCGCGGUUGAUAACCGCCUCAUUCCGGGUUUGGGAGUUGUCUUGUUCCGGGAUUCAGAGUUUAACUGUCGCGGAACUGGGGGCUGUUCUGUUCGUUGAACAGGAACAAAUUAUCUUCUGCUCCUGGAAAUCCCAGCUGUUGUAGUCCGGGUUUGCUCUCCAGCUGUGCUUUCUGCCUGCGGCCUCCCGCAGUGUUACAGCGAGACCUGGGGAACAACACCUCAUGCACCUCCUGGGCACGUUGCAACCUCCCGGACUCAGUAUCGAAUUCUCCAACCUCAGAUUCCAGAGAAGGAAGUGACCACAGUGCCUGAGCGGUGACCAAACCAUGUCUCAAACUGCCAUAGAUGCCCUGGAGCUGUCCAGAUCCGUUGUCGAGGCCGCUCAGGCAGCGGUGGUACUCGCUAAUUCGACAGAGAAGUUGGCCUCCACACUCGGGGUGUUGGGCCCCAUCAUUGGGGUGGCAGCAAUCACUGUUAAACUAUCCUUGAGCAAUGUUGACAGCCCGGAGCUGGCCUUCAUGAAGGAGCAGUUCCAGGCCGUCAGGAACCAGCUGAAUGUCAUCUCGGGGCAGAUUUCGGAAGUCCUUCGGGAGAUCGAGAGAAGCACCAUCAACAACCAGUAUUUCCCCAUUGAGGAAAACCUCAAGAACCAGUUCAGAAAGUACAUGGACAUCCUCAACGCAGCGCCAGAGUUCCGACAGAAGCAGAAGGAAGAGUUCCUCAAACACUUCAACGCGACCAAGGGAGACCAGAACCUCCACACUCUCUAUGACGGGGUGAUGGGAUUCACUGCCGUCUUUGGCAAAUCCAUCCUGGAGACCGCCAUGAACUGUGACCAGAGGAACCGGCGCCUGAUGGAGGGGCUCUGCGCCCGACUGAAGAACCUCUUCUGUAUUGGUCUGAUCGCCGUCCUGGGACACGCUGGCAUCACCGGGAACGAUGUAAAGGCGCUGGAGACGGAAUGGAACCAGAAAUUGGCUGAAGCCGAGAGCAAAAUGAAAUCCACGGUCGAUCGGUGCAUCCAUGAGUUUGCGGAACAGGCGAAGAUAGAUGUGGAGAGACUGGUGAAGGAGAAGGGCGGAAGAGAUAACAAGGAAUGUUCGUCGUACGUCCGGGAUAAAUUGAAAAACAAGUAUGACUGGGUCCGUUGGUCGGUGCGGGUCUAUGAUCCCGUCAUCGGGUUUGACAAUCACUGCUAUAUUGGCCCUAACCCCAACCGCUUUCACUUCUUCAGGCUCAAUAAUGUUAAUAUUGUUGUCUCCUACACCACCGACCCAAAGCCAGUUGACAAGAGCCGCCUCAACCAUUUAAUGAACGGGAAGGACGGCUGGAAAGAUCCACUAAAGGUGGCGGAACAUAUCUCCCAGAACCUCUCCGGUGGGCAUGUUGUCCACACAGUGAGACGGUACAAAGGUCUGUGGGGCGCCUGGAACUUCCCCGAUGGAUGUCAUUACUGGAAGAACUACAGUGGUGUCACCCUGUGCGUCCACCCAGUAUAAACCCCCACUGUCCCGGGACACUCCUUGUAACCCCCCCCCCCACCACUGACCCCACGGAGCCCCCAGUAUCACCAACACCCUCCAGUACCUCCCCACCCCUCUUCCCCCUUCACCAUUCGGCCCUGGGACCCGACCCCCGGAGCCAGGACACCCCUGACUCUGGUCCCGGAGACGCUUCCUUUCUGCGCUGCCGCCAACGCUGUGAAACCCCGGGUUAGUCGGCCUGACGCUGCCGCCUCCCCGCGCCCACCCUGGACCGAAUGUACCCCCCGUGUCACUCUAUAAGGCUCGGGCUGUGCAGUCCUCAGCUCCCCCACCCCACCCUCUCUGUGCCCUCAGCAUCAGACCCACCCCGCCUGGGUCCGGGGGUCUCCGCUCACGGUGAGGCGAACGCUCCCACCUUCACUGUCAGUGAGGAGGGGAGAGCGGAUCCAGCUCCCAAAUCCGGCCCGAGGCCAGGGCUCCCCCGGAAACCCCCACACCUCUCCCCUACAGGUCAGAGCACAGUCCGAGCCCACGGCGACGGGGGUGAUGAAGACGGGCUGGCCCGUGUCUGCCACAACCGGCUACUGACGGACAGAUCAAGGUCCUGUCCACAGCUUUUCUCCCCAGAUAUUCACCCUGUUCCCACCAACGCAUCUUCAAAGCCCCACAUCCCGAGGGGGUGCGGGGUUUAACGCUGUGGUGCGGGAGGAGGGAGGAACACUCCGCAGACCAACACUGGAGAAACGGGGACAGGCUGUAAGUCUAUCAGGCCGGGGACCACCUUUCCCGCCAGAGGGGGAUUCACUUGUAGUUUGUUUCCGCCGGAAUCUGAUCUCUGCCGCUUGCUCAGUCUGUAACCACGGAACAGCCACAAUCGGAUAUCCUGCAAGCUUUGCGAGUAAUUGGUGUGUUUGCUGGGUUUUGAUUAAAAUGCUUGCUUGGGACUGUGGGAACCAAGCUGGUUGUUCGUGUGCUCGGGAAUGUGCUGAAUAAACGCACGAAAGGCUCA